AAAGGCGCAAGGGUCAGGGUCUGAAGAUCAUGGCUGUUCUCCAGCCACGCUGCCUCUUCACAUUUCCCUAAUUCUCCGUUCAUAAUCCAUUGUGGCCGCUGUUGCCCUGCCAGCAGGCUCCUGAAUUUCUUUUUGCCGUGGUUGCUGCUGUUGUUGUUCUCACCCUCAGACCCCCAUCGCAUCCAGCGAUGAUGCGGAUGGAGAUGCCUCACAUUCAAUUUCUACCGCUGCUCCUGGCUCCCCUGGCCAUCGCAGAAACCGUCCAGGAUCUAUGGCUGUUCCCUACAGCCCCUGAUUAUCACUCCAAUAUCACCACCGGGUCAACGACCAAAAUUCGCUGGCAACCGCAGCUGGAGGAAGUCUUUAGCGCAUACUGCUCGGAUUGCAAUACAACCAACGUGGACCUGUGGAUGACCAGUACCAAUGUGUAUCGGAAACUUGAAGGUGAUAAGAGUCGCUCGUCCUCGCAUAUCUCGUAUUCAUCUGCUGAUUCGCAUCCUACAGCCGGCAUCAACGUCAAGACCACCUUCUCCUACAACUGGACGGUUGACCUCAGUGCCUCCGACGUGAACUCAUCCUCGGCGUGGACCCUUCGAUUCCUCCCAUCAGACGUCGCCUGGAUCGGUUCCAGCGGCCAGGAAGUCUCCAGUCCCAAGUUCAACAUCCUCGCCGCGACCACCUCUGCCUCUACCUCUACCUCCACAUCCACAUCCGCCGCAACGACCACCACAACAACAACCACCUCGACUUCCGUCCCAGCCUCCACCCGGGGCCCUUCAUCAAGCAGCGGACUCUCCACGGGCGCACAAGCCGGCAUCGGCGUCGGAGUCGCCGCCGGCGCAAUCAUCAUCAUCGGCCUGGCUAUCUUCCUCUGGCGGCGCCCCAGCUCAAUAAUACCCAGCCACAAAACCACGGAUCCUAACACGGCAGCCAAUUUUGGCCCAGCACCCGCUUACCAUUCUGUAUCUCCUGCCGCGCCAACAGACGGGUCCUACGCUCCCCGGGGCCCGGCCAAGCAGAAUUCCGCGUCCCCGUUCGGAGCCCCCGUAUCCGAGCUCCCAGGCUCUGACACACAGGAGCUCGAUGCCGGGUUCGCUGAUCGCCAGCGGCAGAGGCCUCCUCCUCCCGCUGAGCUCGGGAUCUAGAGGCCGUCCGUCAUCCUGUG